CCAAACGUCGUAGUGUCCAGUAGGCCGUCGUGUUACUGUCUAAGAGGUUAGCUAGUCUGGCAGGCAGGCUAAUUAGCUAAACUAGAAGGGCCGCUUCCAAAGGGGCCGAUAGACAACAUUACCAAGCUGGAUAGAUAACAUUGUAGCAUCUCCUAAUCUCACAAUUACCUUGAUAUAUUUGUCUAUAGAUAAUUGUUAAUUCAUGCCUGAUACAAUGAAGAGGAGGAUAGACCCGGGUUUUGUACUGGCGUUCUCGAUCAUUGCGUUCAGUUCUUGCUCUGCGUUCUAUCUUCCGGGUUUAGCCCCUGUGAGUUUUUGUGAAGUCUCAGAAGCAGAUGAUUGUCAGACUGACAUCCAGCUUUUUGUAAACCGUCUUGACUCGGUUGAAUCCGUCCUUCCAUAUGAGUAUGACGUCUUUGACUUCUGCCAAGAUGAGAUGGAAAAGCGACCAUCAGAGAACCUUGGACAGGUGUUAUUUGGAGAAAGAAUUGAGACAUCGCCCUAUAAGUUCUCUUUCAAGAAAGAUAUUAAAUGCCAGAAAACGUGCACAAAAACCUAUUCAAAGGACAAACCUGAGUAUAAAGACAAACUUGAUUUCCUCAAGAGAGGAAUGCAGUUGAACUACCAGCAUCACUGGAUCAUUGACAACAUGCCAGUCACAUGGUGCUAUGAAGUGGAAGACAGUCAGAAAUACUGUAAUCCUGGCUUUCCUAUUGGCUGCCUUGUCACCUCGGAUGGACGUGUCAAAGAUGCCUGUGUCAUCAAUUCCGAGUUCAUCAAGAAGAACACUUUCUACGUGUUUAAUCACGUUGACAUAAAGAUCAAAUACCACAGUGGGGAGAAUGAGGGUUGGAAGGGGGCUCGACUGGUGGCAGCCACCCUGGAACCCAAAAGUAUUGCAGAAGCUGAUGAAAAUAACCCUGUCUGUGAUGGGCCACCCAUGGAGGUUCCUGGAGAAUUUGAGAGUGAUGUGAAGAUUACGUACACUUACUCUGUCACCUUUGAGCCAAACACUGAGAUUAAAUGGGCCUCGAGGUGGGACUACAUCUUGGUGUCAAUGCCUCAUACCAACAUCCAGUGGUUCAGCAUUAUGAACUCCCUGGUCAUUGUUCUCUUCCUGUCUGGUAUGGUGGCCAUGAUCAUGCUGAGGACUUUGCAUAAAGACAUCGCCAGAUACAACCAGGUGGACCAGGCAGACUUGGUAAAGAUUCCACCACCCACAGGAAAAGCUUCCAUAUCCUAUGAGGAUGCCCAGGAGGAGUCAGGGUGGAAGCAGGUCCACGGAGACGUGUUCAGGCCACCCAGGAAGGGCAUGCUGCUCUCCGUGUUCCUGGGUCAGGGCACGCAGAUCUUCAUCAUGACCUUCAUCACCCUCUUCCUCGCCUGUCUGGGGUUCCUGUCCCCAGCCAACCGUGGAGCUCUGAUGACCUGUGCUGUAGUCCUCUGGGUUCUGCUAGGAACCCCAGCCGGCUACGUCUCAGCCCGCCUAUAUAAAACGUUCGGCGGGGAGAAAUGGAAGACCAACGUCUUGUUGACGGCGCUGCUGUGUCCAGGGAUCGUGUUUGCAGACUUCUUCCUGAUGAACCUGAUCCUGUGGGGGGAGGGCUCCUCAGCAGCCAUUCCCUUCGGCACGCUGGUGGCCAUCUUGGCUCUGUGGUUUGGCAUCUCCGUUCCCCUCACCUUUAUGGGGGCCUACUUCGGCUUCAAGAAACCCGCGAUCGAGCAGCCAGUCAGGACCAAUCAGAUCCCCCGUCAGAUCCCGGAGCAGUCGUUCUUCACCAAGCCCAUCCCCGGCAUCGUCAUGGGGGGCAUCCUGCCCUUCGGCUGCAUCUUCAUCCAGCUCUUCUUCAUCCUCAACAGCAUCUGGUCGCACCAGAUGUACUACAUGUUCGGCUUCCUGUUCCUGGUCUUCAUCAUCCUCCUCAUCACCUGCUCCGAGGCCACCAUCCUGCUGUGCUACUUCCACCUGUGUGCAGAGGACUACCACUGGUGGUGGCGCUCCUUCCUGACCAGCGGCUUCACGGCGGUCUACCUGUUUGUCUACGCCGUGCACUACUUCUUCUCCAAGCUGCAGAUCGUGGGCGCUGCCAGCACCAUCCUGUACUUCGGCUACACCAUGAUCAUGGUGCUCAUAUUCUUCCUCUUCACAGGUACCAUCGGCUUCUUUGCCUGCUUCUGGUUUGUAAAUAAGAUCUACAGUGUGGUCAAGGUGGACUAACGACCAGAAGGCUUGGACAACUUGCUUCUCCCAGUGCUUGCCUUUGUAGUAAUCCAUUGUUGAAGGAAAUAGUUUGACUGGACUCUGACCAGAACCAGCCCACAGACCAGACCCCAUGAGAGCGGAGACCGUCCCAGUUCAUGUGGCCAGAAAGUACAUAUUGAUAUGUUGCUGUUGUUUAAUUAUUUUUGAUCUCAUUCGUGUUGAUGAAUAUUCAUUUGGGUUCAUUCGACUUGCACCUCAAGGUGAGUUCCAAAGAUCUGUGUCAGUGGGUGUCUGGUGUGGGGGGAGCUGGGCUGCUCAUUCUUUCCUUUUUCUAAUGUAUAGAUACAUGUACUUUUAUUUGGCUUUAAUAUUCAGUAUAUACCCACAUGUCUAUUUGUGUUUGGGUUUUUUGGCCAUCUAAACUGUAAUUAGAAAAUGUAAAUGUGGAUGCUUAAAAGAAUGUCACCUUUAUAAAUCUGUCCUUUGAAGCAAAAAAGUGAUCUUUUUAUAUUGUUGUUUUUCCCUGUUCGUUAGGGGUGGGGACAGGGGCUUUAGAUUCCUUAUUUUUGAUGGAUCUGUAUUAUACUUUCUUAACCAGUGGAAAUGCAUCUGAAACCAUGCUAUGAUCUCCAAAUUCAUAAUUUAAUGGCUGUACCGUAUGUUGGUGUACAUGAAGAGAAUAAAUAGCAGACUUGGUCAAGCAUAUUUUGGUAGAUCAAUGGUAGAUUACUGUACUGCAAUAUUGUAAACUGAAGCUUUGUUUAAUGGUUGACUUCAGUUUGACUGAGAGAUUAUUGUACAGUGCAACAAACCCCAAAACAACAUCACAAACAUUAAUGUACCCGUUUAGAUCUUACCAAUUAAUUUACUGUAUCUGUAUGUAUAAAAUACUGCUGCUUUUUACAUUCUAGCAGUGUAGAGUCAUCACCUAAGGUGAUAAUGUUUUUACAUAAUAAAUAAAACACAUUUGAUUAA